UAAAUAACGAGAAUCCGUGGUGUUCUUGGAGCGCACGCCUCCGUCGUCUCAGUCCGAGCUACCGCCUUUCUGCCUCCCUUGGGCGAACCCUAGGCUUGUCGCCUCCUCUCAUCCGCCGCCUCCGCGACGAUGGCCGACGCAUACUGGAGGUACGGCGACGCGCGCCAGCAGGCGGUCGCAGCGGCCAUGGCUCCCCCAGCCGCCACCCUUAAGCGGCCGCGUCUGGACUACCACGAUGUACCUAGUGGUUCGGACAUGCUUGGUUAUUACGUGCUUGAGGAUGAAAGAACUGUGAAUCAUGCAAUCAGAGAUACUGAAUCACUUGGGGCUUCAUAUGAUCGCUACUUACGCGAUGGGAUUUCUUCUUAUCCUGCAGGACAGCCUGUUAGGCCUGUGGGUGGAGGAAUUAGUAGUCAACCUGUUGAUGACCGACGAAUGAUGACCAUUGGGGCCUUGGAUGGUCAGGGUGGCAGAAGGCCUGAACCUCUCCUUCCUCCAGAUGCCUCAAAUACACUAUUUGUGGAAGGCCUCCCUGCUGACUGUACACGCCGGGAAGUCUCUCACAUUUUCCGUCCUUUUGUAGGGUUUGAAGAGGUGAGACUUGUGAACAAGGAAUCCAGACAGCCCAGAGGCGAUCCAAUUAUCUUGUGCUUUGUUGAUUUCACUACUGCAGCACAAGCUGCAAUUGCACUGGAAGCUCUGCAAGGUACCCAAUGCGGUUUGAGACUUGAUGUGUAAACCCUGGAACUGGAUGUAAGAUCCUUGCUUUUGUUCUCCCUUGUUGAGGAUUCAGUGCUUAAUUCCAGUGUUUGCACAAACCAUAUUUAGUUACCUUCUAUCUCAUAUCCCAAAGAGGACAUAUUCCAUAAACUGAUUCCUUUUGAUAGGCGAAGUAUCAACAUAAACCCUAUCAAAAAUUAGCUAGGAUCAAUACAAACCAUAAUUUGUAAGAUUGAUCAGAUUGGAUCAAUGAGAUUAAACUUAAAUGAAAAAAUAAUUUAAAAUUGAAGUAUAAAAAUAUAGAAUUAGCACGAUAUCAUGAAAAAUAAUAUUACAUUUAAUGAUGAAAAAUUCUUAUACAUCUAAUGCACAACCUUUUAAGAAUAUAUGAAAUUAAAAUGUACUUAAAAGUAAAAGAGAAUCAUUAGAAAAUAGUUAUUAUAUAUUUAUUAUAAAAUCACUAAGAAAGAAAAUGUUUAUCCACAGCAAUGAAUUUCCAUGCAGGUGAAGUAUCAGAUACUGCAAAGGGACAAGAACAAAACUAACUGUACAGAAAUGACACAUCUUUUUUUUUUUAAGAGGUCCAAAGUGCUAGAUAAUAUAAAGUUAUCUAGAUAAUAUAAAGUUAAACAAAGAAAACUUUCUUCGAAGAAGAAGUUCAUGAAAUUAUAAGUGAAACUUGUGAAAUUUCCCUUCUUUGUUAUGACAUAACACUUUUCAUAAGAUGCUAUUGGGUUGCUUUUUUGUACUGAUUCCUCUCCCAGUGCACUUUCUCUUUUAUCUGCAAUGGAUCAUGAAUAUUGUAGUGUAACAAAUAGUUUACCGAGUUGAAGCAACAUCUGUUUGUCUCACUAUGAUAGUAGUAUGGUUCUGUUUUGCCUUUCUUCCACUUUGAUUUCUUUUCUUUCCACCCGUAUCUUCUUUUGAUGUAUGGCGCCUAGAGUUGGCCAAAAUUAGUUAGUGUUGGUUGAGUUUUGAUUGAUUUUAGUUGAUUAUGGCUUGAUGAGGUCCAUCAUCUGGACAUCACUAAUUUGGUCUUAGUGGCUUGUGAGAUAUUGUCCACUUUGGGUCAGCCUUAAUAGGGUUUUGUCAUUGGAUGUGGAUCUCAAGAAAGUGUCUCAAGAGGAGGAGAUUAGUGGAUACAUUUUCUUUUUUGAGGUCUUGGUUCUCCAAUUCUAACCAAAAGUGAGACCAAAUGUCAUCUCAAUGGAGCUCCCAUUUGGGGAGCCAAAUGCAUCUCGAACUUGCAUGAACCACCAUCUGAUGAGGUCCAUUACCAAGUCAGGCCUAGUGGUGCAUGAGGUGUUAAAUUCUUUGUGGAAGGCACCUUGAUGAAAAGAGUCGUCUUGGUUCGUUGAGGCUUUUGAUUUUCCAACAUUCUGAUCAAUGUGGGAGUAAUCUUAACCAAUUUGCAGGUAGAUCAAGAAAUUGCCAAUAUCAAUCAUUGGGGUUAGAAAUGGGUGCCUGACAUGAGGUUAUGAAUUGAGCUAGCAGGGAACCUUGAAUAGAACCUAAUCAUCGAGGUUAGAAGUGUUGGAACACACGUUGGUGGUGCAUGUGAUUGCUUUAUAUGGUUUUAUAAGGAUACAGGUUUGGGUCCUUUUAUGUCAGUUAUUCCUGUGACAUGGUCCAUCUUCUUGUCCAUAAAAUGCUUUCGUUGAGCUGCUAUAUUUUCUCAUGCUUUUGCCUUAAAUCACUCAUGAGACAAACUUAUUUUCCUAAAUACAGUUGUAUGAUCUAGACAAUUUCUUGUCUCAUCAACCUCGUAUGUUGUGGUUAAAUGGUGCACAACGAUAACUUACCGACAAGGUAGUUUGGUUAGAGAGCAGAACCCAACUUACACUGUCGGAGAUGGACAAACAUAAAACAUCUGUUUCUGCUGGCACUUAGUCUUGCAAGAUAGGUUGAUCACAGGUAGCUAUCAAGUUGGCCAGGAAAUGAGUCUCUUGUUAAGCUAACCAUGGAAUAGUUUGUUUUUCCUGCAUUGCCUAAACUGUUUUGUUGCUUGAAUAUGUGCACUUAGACUGCUGUUCCAAGUUCCAGCACAUGUCUAUAAAUGUAAUCGGGGGUGUGCCGAAAGAGGAGUUAUAUAGAAGUUGGUGAUUUUACAGAAUACCAGUGGUUACAUCGACAAGUACAGCCUGCGAAUGAAACAUGAGGAGGCAUUUGAUAUGUAGUUCACUCGAUGAAGCUUUGUUAUUUACCAAAUUAGCUAAAUAACUACCAAAUUGAGGAUGUGAUCCUAUGAAUCUUUUCAGAAUGCUAGUGAUGCUUCCUUUUGAGAAGCCUAGUGAUUGUAGAUGUGGAAUUAGUUUUGGUGAUCUUUGCGAUGUAUUUAGAACUGUGGUCUAAUGUUGUGAGCAAACAGUUGUCUAAUGUUUGCUGUAUAACUAGAUGGCACGGACAGUGAUAAACGUGGUGCAUCCAGCGAUUGUUGCUUUUGUUUGUUUGAAAGAAUGACUUCUCAUCUAGAUGGAAUGUAUUUGCUUGUGUUUUUAA